CAGACGGAGAAGGGGGAGGUGCCCGCGCUGAUGAACUGUGUUUCCAAGCCCAGACCCAGCGGCCCCCCCUUCCCCCCCAUCUAUCGCAGGCGCGGCGGGGGGAGGGGGGUCGUGAGCGUCCCCACCCCCGUAUGUAAAUAAGGGAGGCCGUGGCGGGCUUUUGGGCGGGACGACGUUGUCCUGUCCCUGGCUGCCGCGGCGCCGGCGCAGCAGGAGUUGGCCUCGCGCAGGAGGUAGCUGGCGGCCGCCACGACCCGCGCUGAAGGGCCGGCGCAGCACGUGUUUCCGCGGCGUGGCCGGGCGCUAUGGAGUUUGAGGAGCUGGGGAUCCGGGAGGAGUGCGGCGUGUUCGGCUGCAUCGCCUCCGGCUCGUGGCCCGCGGAGCUCGAUGUGCCCCAUGUGAUCACGCUAGGGCUGGUGGGGCUGCAGCACAGGGGCCAAGAAAGUGGUGGAAUUGUGACAAGUGAUGGAGACUCAGCCCAAACAUUCAAAGUGCACAAGGGAAUGGGUCUUAUUAAUCAUGUGUUCAGUGAAGACAGUCUGAAGAAGCUGAAGGUUGCAAAUCUUGGAAUUGGCCACACUAGGUACUCCACGUCAGGAAUCUCUGAAUUAGAGAACUGCCAACCUUUCGUUGUAGAAACUCUUCAUGGGAAGAUUGCUGUGGCGCACAAUGGUGAAUUAAUAAAUGCUAAACAACUCAGAAGAAAGCUGAUGAGACAUGGUGUGGGACUAUCGACCAGUUCUGACAGCGAAUUGAUCACCCAGCUGCUGGCAUUCACACCUCCACUAGAGAAUGAUGAUACCCCAGACUGGGUGGCAAGAAUCAAAAAUUUAAUGAAUGAAACCCCUACUUCAUAUUCACUACUAAUGAUGCAUAAAGACAUAAUCUAUGCAGUACGUGAUCCCUAUGGGAAUCGUCCACUCUGCAUUGGUCGUCUCAUUUCAGUAGGCAGUAUGAGUGGAAAAGGGAAGAAAAACAGUGAAACAGAAGGAUGGGUGGUCUCCUCCGAAUCCUGCAGCUUUUUAUCUAUUGGUGCACAGUAUUAUCGUGAAGUCCUCCCCGGGGAGAUUGUGAAGAUAUCCAGAUAUGAAGUCCAAACACUGGAUGUUGUACCAAGACCUGAAGGAGAUCCAUCAGCAUUUUGUAUCUUUGAAUAUGUUUAUUUUGCAAGGCCCGACAGCAUUUUUGAAGGUCAAAUGGUGUAUUCAGUCAGGAGAAGAUGCGGUCAGCAGCUUGCUGUUGAAGCACCAGUGGAAGCAGACUUGGUUAGCACGGUACCAGAAUCUGCCACACCAGCAGCACUAGGUUAUGCACAAAAGUGUGGGCUGCCAUACGUUGAAGUACUUUGUAAAAAUCGAUAUGUAGGAAGAACUUUUAUUCAACCAAACAUGCGGUUAAGACAGCUGGGAGUGGCAAAAAAAUUUGGAGUCCUAUCUGACAACUUUAAAGGCAAAAGAAUUGUGCUAAUCGAUGAUUCUAUUGUGCGGGGCAAUACCAUCUCUCCCAUAAUAAAGCUGCUCAGGGAAUCUGGUGCUAAGGAGGUGCACAUCCGUGUGGCUUCACCUCCCAUAAAAUUUCCUUGUUACAUGGGAAUAAAUAUUCCAACAAAAGAAGAACUCAUUGCCAACAAACCUGAAUUUCAUGACCUUGCAAAAUACAUAGGAGCGGACAGUGUGGUUUAUCUUUCUGUGGAAGGGUUGGUAUCAUCUGUACAAGACAGUAUCAAAGCAAGGCAAGAAAAUCAAAACAGCCUUAAAACGAAUAAGUCUCGUGUUAGAAAGAUUGGCCACUGUACAGCAUGUCUUACUGGGGAAUACCCAGUAGAGCUCGACUGGUGAUUUUAAUGCCCAAGCACCAUUGCUGAAUGUAGUUUUUUGAAUUGAGAAGUAUGUUGUACUUAACAGCGCAUAGCAUCUUCUUAUAUUUAGCAAGCCACUUAAAGCUAGUGAUGUCUAAUUGCUGUUCCAAAAAUGUCUCUGCAGACUUUCUGUAAAGUUUAUGAUGAUGAAAAACAUAUAAUGUAAGUACCUGGAUAAAUAAAAUAAAAAUCAUGGACAA